AUUGUAACCAAGACGAACAGGUUGAGGUUAUGUUAUCAAAUUCUGUUGGCGGGAAAGAUUUUUAUCAUUUUGAGUUUUGACUUGUGUUUUGUCCUUUUUCCAUCGUUGAACGGUUUUAAUUUUUUUUUAUUCCUACUAAUAAAAAUAAUGAAUAAUGAUUGUAUUUUUGUAGAUCGAUGAUAGAUGUAUGUUUUGAUAUAUUUUGAUAGUUAUUUUUUAUCAUGUCGGCAUCUUAAAUUUGUCUUAUUAUUAUUAUUAUUAUUAUUCAAGCAAAAUGGUUCACGAGUCUUUUUUCUUAAUGAGUGUCUCAUUUAAAUAAUUAUAAUUCAUUUUGGAACUUUUACAUGUGAGAUGGAGAAAAAAAACAGCAUUGAUGGCUUGGUAGCAAAAAAACGAAAACUUGACCAAAUGGUUGAUGGUUCAAUCGUAAAAGUAUACUUGAAAAAUUUUAUGACUUUUAAUGAAGCAAAAUAUAAAGCUCACCCCAAGUUGAAUUUAAUAAUUGGUCCAAAUGGGUCUGGAAAAUCUUCAAUUGUUACAGCCCUAAUAUUAGGGUUUGGUGGAUCUCCAAAAGACAUCAAUAGAGGAGAUAAAGUCAGUCAGUUUGUUAAACUUGGAAAAAGCGCAGCCGAAAUAUCUAUAGAGCUUUACAAAAAAAGUAACCAGAAUGUAAACUUCAAAAGAAAAAUUUUUGCUAAUGGUGAUUCAUGCCACUAUUACUUAAACAACAUUAUGAUUACCAAAAAAAAAUAUACUGAAGCAGUAGAAAGUUUCAACAUUAAUGUGCAUAAUUUAUGUCAAUUUUUGCCUCAAGACAGAUUGGAAGAUUUUUCAAAAUUGGACUCUAAGGGACUUUUAUUGAAUGCUUUACAAAGCAUUGAGGAUCAAGAAUUAUUAGAAACAUUAAAUAAAUUAAAAGAUUUGUCUUCUCAAAUGACAAACUAUGAAGGUAAUCAAAAAAGCUUAGAGAACACGAUUAAACAUGAAACCGCUGCUAAUCUAAAACUUGAAACAAUUGUAAAUUCAUUUCAAGAGAAAAAAACUUUGGAAUCAGAACUACUAAUAAUUUUACAAAAAAGAUGUUGGACGUUAUAUACUUUAGCUUAUACCCAAAUUAGAGAUGAAAGAAAAAAGUUACCUUAUGCAAAAGAUGCUAACAAUAAGGCUUUAAUGCUUAUUAAUAAACAGCAAGAACUUAUAAAAAAGAAAAAAUCAAAAGAAUUUGAUUUGAAGAAAGUUGUAUUGCAAAACGCAAAUGUUGUAUGCAAAAUAUUAGAACAAGUCAAUAAAAAAGUCGGAGCUACAGAAAUUUAUGUAGCUGAUAUGAAAGAAUUGAAAAAAACUUGUAAAAAGACCUCAAUGAAAAUCAGUGACUAUAGAGAAAUGGUGGCUUCUAUGAAACAAAAAUUGGAAGAUAUUAAAAAUGAAACACUUAAUUUGGAAGAGUGUAAACGCAAAUUAAUUGAACUUAACAAGAAAAUAACUGAAAUCGAUCACAGUUUAAGUCCUAUAAAAAGCAAUUAUGAAAGUAUUAAAAGUAAGCUAAAAAAUUUAACUGGAAAAAUGUAUGCUAUUGAUCAAGAACUAGAACGUGAAAAAAGAAAAGAAGACAGUAAAAAUGAGUUGAUUCGAAGAAAAUUUCCAGAAAUGUGGAAAGCUAUCACUUGGUUAAGGAACUGUGAUAGCAAUUCCAUUUUUCAUGGAAAAGUAUUUGAACCUUUGUUUACGCAGAUUGAAGUGAUCGAUCAGCACAAUGCAAAAUACAUUGAAAAUAUUGUGAAUUAUCGUGAUAUGAUUGCAUUUGUAUUUGAGUAUGCAGAAGAUUUAACAACAUUUAAUAAAAUUGUUAAACAAGAACGCUGGCAAAAAAUAAAUUCCAUUUCUGCUCCACCGCCAAAUUUUCAUAUCAACGAUAAACCGAAUCAUGAUAUCAAUUAUUUAAAACAAUUUGGUUUUCACAAGUAUGCAUUGGACAUGAUUAAAGCUCCCCCUGUCAUCAGAAGAUAUUUAAUUAAAAACUAUGGGCUGCAUAAUAUACCAAUUGGAAGCAAAGAAGUAAUAAACAACAUGCAGCAUAUACCAAAUAAUAUAGGACUUUUUUUUGCAGGUAAUGAUCAAAUAAGCAUCAGAAGUUCUUCAUACUCUGGAGAGAAAAUCACUAGACAAUCCCAAAUAUCUAACGAUGCACAGUUUUUGAUAUUUUCGGUCAAUACCAAUUUAAUCCAAACGCUAACUCAAAGAAAAGAAGAAGCGAAACAAGAAUGUGAUUAUGUUGAAAAGGAACAAGUUGAAGUUAUAAAUAAGUUAAAAGCGACAGAAGACAGUCGAGAACCUAUUUAUAUAAAGAAAAAAGAUAUCCAAAGGAGUGUAAUAAAGUUUCAAGACAGACAAAAAGCUCUUGAUAAAAUGGCUAAAGAUUUAGAGUGUACGCAAAAUGAACUUAAAAGAGAAGAAGAAAAAUCAACCAAAUUCGAUGCUCAGAAUAUGCUCUUAAUCAACAAAUACUUCAGUGCAAUGAAAGACGUAAACAAUUUGUUAGACAAUUACGCAACAUCGUUAAAAACACUUAUAGCUUCUGCGUUUAUUCUCAACAAUUCUGGAACAGAUAUGAAUGCAGAAUACAGUGUUUUAAAACAACUUCGGCAGCUUUAUUUGUCAAAUCAGAACAAUUUUGAAGAGUACAUAAAGUACUUACAAAAAUUAGAUUCAGAGUUUAAAAAAACAUCUGAAGUUGCAUUGUACUGGAGUCGAGGUGUCUCAAUGUACGAUAAAGAACUAUUUUCUCAAAUGACCGACAAGUUUAGCACUAUUGAGCAAUGCGAUUUAGACGAUUUGGAUGAAUUGAUUGUGGAAAAAAAAGCUAAAUUGAAUUGUCUGAAUAUUGAUCCCAAUGCUCCUCAGUUGAUUAAAGAGUACAGGGAACGUAAGACCAAAAUUAAAGAGUUGGAAAAACGUUUGAAGAAUUUAAAUGCCGACGCACAGUCACAAGAACAGCAAAUAGAGACGUUGAACACGGUAUGGUUCCCAAAGCUACAACAAUUUGUUGGUUUGUUAAAUUCUACUUUUCAACAAUUUCUCGUUACGUUCGGUUGUAACGGUGUGAUCGAAUUGGAUGUUGGUGUUACGAGGUACGAUUUCCAAGCCUACGGACUUUUGAUUAAAGUACAAUUUCGCAACGAUGAGGGUACAUCAUUGAGGCAAUUGGAUGCCAAGAGUCAAAGUGGUGGCGAACGAGCCUUGACGACUGCAUUGUUUUUGUUAUCGCUACAAGAAGUCACCCACUUCCCUUUUAGAAUUGUCGAUGAAAUAAAUCAAGGUAUGGAUAAAGUUUAUGAAAGAAAACUAAUGGAACUUUUCAUGGAUCUGUUUGACGAUAGAAACAAUCAGUACAUAGUUGUCACACCAAAGUUGAUCAAAGAUUUAUCUUUUAAGAAUACCACCGUGGACAUCAUUUUUUGUAUAGGAAAAAAAUAGAUUUUUCUCUUGUACGUUCAUGGCGAGUAGACAUUAAAUUUUUAUUAUAUUCACAUUAUUUUUUUUAAUAAAUGUUUUUUUACUUAUCUCUAUAACUAUUCUUGUUAAGAAUUUGAAUGUUUAGAAAUUAAGUUGUUAUGCGUUUUUUUUUUUUGUUAAUGU